AAAUAUAACCAUAUAAUAAUAACCAAUUUGUCAAGUUGUCUAAAGUCUAACUUACAAUAAAUAAGAUUUUAAGGAAAAGAAACAUAAACAAGAAAAAGCGUUUGCAGUGAUUAUAUAUAUAAGGAAGGAUGGGGCUUGUGGGAUUAAGAAUCAACUCAACCCAUAUAUAGCUGAAUUAAUUGUUAGAGGAAAUAUAUUAAGUGAGAAAUGGAUCAAAAUAUGGAAUCAAAGGAGGUUCAUUCCACAUCUAAAUCUAGUGAUGAUCAAACUCAAUCUGGUCCAAUAGAAGGUGAUUGCUUGAUCACACGGGAGGCCGCAAUAGAGAUAAGUCUAUCAGAAAUGACGGGGGGUGGUCCAAUAGAAUGCUCGAUCACCCAGGAGGACGCAGUAGCAGUAGAGAUAAGUCCUCCAUCAGCAGUGUGGGGGCGUGGCGAGAUUUUGGUUGUCAACUUCAUAACAAAAAAUAAAGAUGAAAGACAUUUGGGCACAAUACCUAAAAUGGAAGCAAUUUGCACGGUGUGUUGUAGCUUCGUUAUGAAAUAUACAGUUGCGUUCAAGACAAAAUGCAAAUGUGAAAUGAGCUUAGUACAUGAAGAAUGCGUCUCAGAAGGUGAAGAAAAGGGAAGUUGUGGUGUUUGUGAUGAUAAAAUAGUGCAAUACAUGCCAGUAAUUCUCUCACUAAAAGGAAAAACAGACCCCCUUGCAGUCAUAGAAAGCGACCCGGAGGCCGCUGAGGAACAGUAUGGCGAAUAUUUGAAGUUGUAAAUGAUGGUCUGCGUUCAAGAGCUUAUUGAGGAUUUAUAUAUGUUCCGAUUGAAUAAUUAAACACCAUUAGCUUCAUUAAUGGAACAUCUCAAAUUUUGCUAUUCAACACAACUUGCCUGUAAUGUCGGUUACUUAUUAAAUUAUUAAAAAACAAAAAGGUUAGGCAAACACAUCCUUCUUCCCUUCUUCCAUCUAUGCAGUUCAAGAACCGAUCACGGAGACUUGCUUCUCGUUGAAGCCUGUCGUUUUUUUAUGGGGGGUUUUUGUGUACAACUAAUAAUAAGUAUAAUUAUAAUUUAUCUAU